AUAAAGAAAGAACCUUGUUAAAAUGUUUCGUGGGAGGCUUUCUUUAUAAUUUUUUAUUUAUCAAAUUUCAGUAAUUCAAAAGCCUAGUGAUAAAUUUUUUAAAAUGGCAUCAUAUUCCAGUAGAAACGGUCCUCAAGAAAAUACAAUUACUAUCAUAGGUCAAGGAAAUAGGAAUCCAGAGGCUCCUUAUGAAUGUCCAGUGUGUCUUAACUGGUUGAGGGAUCCUUCCUUAACCUCUUGUGGCCAUCGUUUUUGUAGAAAAUGCAUUAAUUCAUGGUUACAUCGAGAAGGAAAAUGUCCAAUAGAUCAGCAACCAUUAAAUUCUGAAACAGACAUUUUCCCAGAUAAUUUUACCAGAAGAGAAAUUUCUCAAAUCAAGUCACCUUGUUCAUUUACUGCUUUUGGGUGCACAGCAGUUUUGCCUUCAUUAGAUAUAGAUUCUCAUGAAGCUAAUUGUCUAUAUAGAUCAAAAUCAGAGAAGAGUAGUUUGGAUGAACUUACUUGUGCAUUUAAAUCAUUAGGAUGUGAUGAUAAAUUUAGUAAUCAAAAGGAUUUGGAUAAUCAUUUGAAUAUUGAUAUAAAAGAUCAUCUAAAUUUGCUCCUGAAUGCCUACUCCAAUAAUAUAAUACCUUCUGUACAUAAAUUAUGGGAUGCAAAAAAGAAAACUGAUACUAGUGAACCAUUUGAUUUGCACCCUGAUAUAAAUUCACCAAGUCUCAUAUAUGCAUUAUAUGAACGAAUCGUAAUUUUAGAGCAAAAAACUCAAGAACAAGAUUUACAGCUCAAAUCUUUGGCUAACAAAAAUUUCAAUGCAGAUAUAGAUAAAGCCAUAUUAGAAAUAAACGAGGUACUUGAAACUAAAUAUUGUAAUGGUGUGCAUUUAUGGAGAAUUCAUGAAUUUAACACAAAACUGUGUGAAAUGAAAAAAAAUCCUGAUAUUAUGUAUUAUAGCAAAGGUAUUUUAACAUCUCCUUAUGGGUAUGGUUUUUGCGCCAGGAUAAAUGUUUCAACUAAAGAACCAAAUUGGCUUGCAUUGCAUGUUCAUAUGAUGAAAACUGAGAACGAUUCAAGUUUGAAUUGGCCAUUUAGUGGUAGAAUCAAUUUAACAUUGGUCCAUCCAAGUGAAGCUUCGAGAUCACAGCAGGAUACAAUAAUGUCCAGGUCUGAAAUAUUAGCUUUUCAGCAGCCAUCUAGUGAUAUUAGCCCAAGAGGAUUUGGUUUUCUAAAUUAUACCUCACUAUUGUGUAUUGAUCAAUUUCUUGAGAAGGAUACUUUAACAAUUAAAAUACAUAUACAAGCAGUAUGAUGGGACAUAAAUGAUCUUUAUGCUGUUUGUAUGAAAGGGUAUG